AUGGUGAAUCCAAGGACAAAGGAAGGAAGUUUGUUGAAACUAUUGAGCUUCAAAUUGGCCUCAAGAACUACGAUCCACAAAAGGAUAAACGUUUCAGCGGCUCCGUCAAGCAAACGCCGAGACAUGGAUGUCAUGAAGCUGAUGAUGACUGAUUACAAAGUGGAGACCAUCAAUGAUGGCAUGCAAGAAUUCUUUGUUGAAUUUCACGGACCUAAAGACAGUAUUUAUCAAGAAGGUGUGUGGAAGAUAAGAGUGGAGUUACCUGAUGGUUAUCCUUAUAAGUCUCCUUCUAUUGGUUUUGUCAACAAAAUUUACCAUCCUAAUAUAGACGAAUUGUGAGUUGUUCAUAACCAACUAAACCUUCUUUGUUUUCUAACGGACAUUGAAUGAGUUUUAAGAAGGAAGU